AGUCGAAGCAGCCUGAAUUGUACGAAUUAGACUGUUAGAAAGUGAAGGGCGUGCGCUGCUGUAAGUCAGCCCGUGCGCAUGCGCAGUCCGCGUUAGCGAAUGCUGUAGAGAAUACAACGAUAGCUGCUAGGAGCUAACCGGAGAGAAGGGACACCGAGGCAGACUGACAUCUUUUAGGUCAUCUGCUUCACGUUUGCCUGGCUGCCGUGGACACGAAUUCGGUGGUGACACUGUAGGAUGCAGUGACAGUCUGACUGGUGGAUGUUCACAGACUGUCUGCGCAGUGUUCAUUGGAGCUGGUCUGUCAGGGGAAGAACACCGUGUGAGCAGCAUACAUCUCUGUGAGCCGGAGUCUGUGUUCGAUCAGUGAUCUCCUGCCAAGGAGACAGCAGCUGCUGCACACCUUCACCUGAACCCCCCCUUCCCUCCCCACUGCCAAAAUGGUGCUGUCACAGAGACAACGGGAUGAACUAAAUAGAGCGAUAGCUGAUUACCUUCGUUCAAAUGGCUAUGAAGAAGCAUACUCAGUUUUCAAGAAGGAGGCGGAAUUAGACAUGAAUGAAGAACUGGAUAAGAAAUAUGCCGGCCUUUUGGAAAAGAAAUGGACUUCAGUCAUCAGAUUACAGAAGAAGGUGAUGGAGUUAGAAUCAAAGUUGAAUGAAGCAAAAGAGGAGAUCACUUUAGGAGGACCUAUAGGACAGAAGCGAGACCCUAAAGAAUGGAUCCCCCGCCCCCCUGAGAGAUAUGCCCUCAGUGGCCACAGGAGUCCUGUCACAAAGGUCAUCUUUCACCCAGUCUUUAGUGUUAUGGUGUCUGCCUCAGAGGAUGCUACAAUAAAGGUAUGGGAUUAUGAGGCUGGAGACUUUGAACGUACCCUGAAAGGCCAUACAGACUCUGUGCAGGACAUCUCCUUUGACCAGACUGGAAAGCUGCUGGCUUCCUGCUCAGCAGACAUGACUAUUAAACUCUGGGAUUUCCAAGGCUUUGAGUGCAUAAGAACCAUGCAUGGGCAUGACCAUAAUGUUUCGUCUGUAGCUAUAAUGCCCAAUGGAGAUCAUAUAGUAUCUGCUUCUAGAGAUAAAACCAUGAAAAUGUGGGAAGUGGCCACUGGGUACUGUGUGAAGACGUUUACUGGCCACAGAGAAUGGGUGCGUAUGGUACGGCCCAACCAGGACGGCUCCCUGAUUGCAAGUUGCUCUAAUGACCAAACGGUGCGCGUGUGGGUGGUGGCUACGAAGGAGUGCAAGGCUGAACUAAGGGAACAUGAGCAUGUAGUGGAAUGCAUUUCAUGGGCUCCUGAAAGUGCCAGUCCCACUAUACUGGAGGCCACUGGCUCUGAGACUAAGAAGAGUGGGAAACCUGGACCAUUCCUUCUGUCUGGCUCCAGAGACAAAACUAUCAAAAUGUGGGAUGUCAGCAUUGGCAUGUGCCUUAUGACACUGGUUGGCCAUGAUAACUGGGUGCGUGGGCUGCUCUUCCACCCUGGUGGAAAGUUCAUUGUGAGCUGUGCUGAUGACAAGACUUUGAGGAUCUGGGACUACAAAAACAAGCGUUGCAUGAAAUCCUUGAGUGCCCAUGAACAUUUUGUUACCUCUCUGGAUUUUCACAAGACUGCUCCAUAUGUGGUUACUGGGAGUGUAGAUCAGUCUGUAAAAGUGUGGGAGUGUCGCUGAUGUUACCUGCAGGACAUCAUCCCUUUCACCCUGACCCAUUUCACUCUCCCUUCUCCGUCUCACCUGGAUGCACUCAACCACCAUGGUUAUGACUCACUUAGCUCUGGUUGAAUAACUAUUGUUCUUUUAUGUAAAUUAUUCUGGAUGUCAAGCUAUUAAAUGUUACACACACAAAAAGUAUUCUUGCAUGGUAAAUCCAAAAUUGUAUACUGUAAAUUUGCAUAAUGUUGUCUAGAAGUACCAUAGGUUUAACCCAGGCUGAACCUUGACUAAGCCUUACAUGCCGAAGGCUUCAUCUGAUUGGGUUAAUGUAGGGCACUAUACUGAUAAUUUAAUGACGGUGUCAUUCUUAUUUGUCUGUUUUUUUUUUGUUUUUGUUUUUUUUUGUUGGUCUUUUUUUACUUAGGUUUUUCUUUUGUUUUUAUUUUUUGCCACUGUCGUAAACUAUUGGUGCCUAGCUUGGUGACAUUAUGAGGGGGGGGAGGCAACAAAAAGGAUCCUCAGAUGGAGACUUGUCUAUAGGUGUGUUAUCAGAAUAAUCUGUAGCUUUGUAAUCAUCAUCAUUCUGAAAUAUGCUUGCCAUUCUCAUUGUGGAACUAGAUACAAUUUUAACAGCUGCAUAAAAGAUUAAUUCAGACCGUUAUUUUCAGACAUUGGGGAAUAAAUCUUUGUACACUUGUCAUGAAAUGUCAUACUAAGGCCACCCAGAGAUAUCUGAGAGAAGAUUCUCACUUGAAAUUUCUUCUGCAUCAACUGGCCUGGCUGCAUAUAGAGCAGCAAAGCCAUGUAAAUAUAUUCUGACCCCUUGUUGGUUUUUGUCCUCAGAAGCAGGUCAGGAUUAAUAAGCACCAGAAACACUGCCUUGAUGAAGCACUUGAAUUGACCACCAGUGCUUUGACAAUGUAGUGUUAGUUUGAAGUUAUACUAAAAUGAAUUCAAUUACUCUUCUACUCUGAGUUAAUGUGUUCUUGGGUUCUGUCUAUUUGCUAAGAAUCAUGUUGAAUUAACAUUAAAUUGUCUUGUUGCAAGAUUUGAUGAGAUUUAUGCAGAGCAGAUGUUCUUGUACAAUGCAGAAGUUAACCACAGUUUGGACACACAAUAUGAACACAUGACUUGGGCUCAAAGAGUUUCCCAGUGUUGGGUAGGGGAUGUGCAAAGAUCUCUGAUUUGUUUUUUGCUUUGUUUAAGUGGGAUGAUGGCAACAUCCCUGAGAUAUCAGUACAAGUUUGCCACUGUUGGAAGUUCUACAAUGAGAGAUUAGUGGGGAAUUUAACUUAAGAAAUCAAAUGAGAUGCUAACAGCUGUUAUGCUCAUCUGUCUGGCUUCUCUUGUAAAGUGCUUUUCACGUGUACAGCAGCUCUCUAUCAACACGGCAGGAUCAGCCGAUAGAGGAGCAGAGUGCAGGUGACACUGAACACUCCACAACAGGGACGUUCCACAAAUUCAUUACUGAUUUCAUUCAGCACAUUCUCUCCUGUUCAUCUUGCAGACUGUGUGGGUUAAUGUAAUACAGACACUAUGGGAAAUGUAUUUAACAAAUCCCAAAGUGGAAGUAAACCAUUCCACAUGUUUAAAAAAAAAAAAAAAAAAACCAAAAAAAAAAAAAAAAGAGGAAAGAAUCCUGCCUUUGUUUUUGGCAGCAAAUCGAAAAUGUUUAAAAAUAAGAAGAAAAAACUUGCAAACCUACUCUUAGAUCUUUAGUUUAUUCAGACUAAAGGUGUAAGCAAUUUAAGAUUUAUUAAUAUGUGCUUAAACCAAUAUCAUUUUAAUUUACCCUUUUCAUUACAAUGCAAUUAUAUAAUAAAGAAUUCCACUGCUUAA